AUGACAAAGCGUUUCUACAGCGCAGAAGAGGCCUUUGAGAUACUGUUUGCCGAUUCUGGCUCUGACAGCGGAGAGGAUCUUGAAUUUUUAGCAUCCUCAUCAUCCUCAUCUGAUGAAUCCCCUGAAAGGCGCCCUGGGCCUAGUGCACAAGAGCAGCCAAGUGUCCAAACAUGGAUCCCCACUAGUAAUUUUAUACCCCAGAUCCCCAAUUUUACAGCCACCCCAGGCAUCCAUGUCGACACAACAGGGUUUCGGGAAAUACAUUUUUUUAAAUUGUUUUUCUCGGAUGACCUUAUCAACCUCAUUGUGGCAGAAACAAAUUUGUAUGCAGAGCAAUUUAUUGCACGCAAUCCCAGCAAAUAUUAUGCUAAGCCCCACAAAUGGACCCCUACUGAUGCCACCGAAAUGUACAAGUUUUGGGGACUGUUACUCAAUAUGGGCCUUUGCAAAAAACCCACCAUCAGGUCCUAUUGGGUGACAGACAUCCUAUACCAUACCCCUCUUUACCCCCUUGUUAUGUCUAGGACUCGAUUUGAAAUUCUAUUUAGAUUCCUCCACUAUAACAAUAUUGAUGAAUGCCUACCCCAAAGUGACCCCGCCUUUGAUAGGCUAUUUAAAAUUCGGCCCUUAAUUACUCAUUUUAAUUCUAAAUUUUGUCAAGUGUAUACCCCCCAAAAACAGAUUUCAGUGGACGAAUCUCUGGUCCAUUUCAAGGGCAGGCUACGUUUCAGGCAGUACCUUCCCAACAAAAGGGCUAGGUACGGAAUAAAGCUGUACAAAUUGUGCGAAAGCGCCACAGGAUAUACUUUUAGGUUUAGGGUUUAUGAAGGAAAAGAUAUAUCCAUUCAGCCCCCAGAGUGUCCCCCUGUCUUGAAAACAAGUGGGAGGAUAGUAUGGGAUUUAAUCCAUCCCUUACUGGACCGCGGUUACCACGUAUAUAUUGACAAUUUUUACAACAGUGUCCCCCUUCUGAAGUCCCUUGCUGCCAGAAGUACAGCUGCGUGUGGCACCAUCAGAAAAAAUCAAAAAGACCUACCGAAAACUUUUAUUUCGACACCAGUGCCCAGAGGACAAAGUAGGGCUGUUUGUACGGACACUCUGAUGUUGCUGAAAUACAAGGACAAACGAGAUGUCCUUGUGUUGACAACACUCCAUGGUGACCAAUCAACCCCAGUCCCAAUCCGAGGAGCCACAGAGCAGACCAUCAAGCCUGUGUGUAUCCAGGAUUAUAAUAAAUAUAUGGGAGGGGUGGACCUUUCCGAUCAGGUCCUGCAGCCCUACAGCGCCUUAAGAAAAUCUAAGGCAUGGUACAAAAAGGUGUCCGUGUACCUGACCCAAGUUGGGCUGUAUAAUUCCUUUGUACUCUAUAGGAAUGCUGGUCACAGAGGGACCUUCCUAGAAUUCCAGGAAGCAGUCAUUAGAUCUCUCGUAUUUGGGGAGCAGGAAGAAGAGGCCACCACUUCUUCCCAAAUGGAGGUCUCAAGAAUUGUCCGUGGGCAACAUUUCCCUGGCAAAUUGCCUCCCACAGAAAAGAAAAGGAGACCCCAAAAACUUUGUCGCGUCUGUUAUGCAAAAGGGGUUAAAAAAUAUACAACCCAUAUUUGUGAAACGUGCCCCUCUAACCCAGGCCUCUGUAUUGGUGAAUGCUUCCAAGCUUACCAUACAGCCCCUGAUUUGAAAAAACUGUAA